AUGAACGGUGACGAGGAAGUCUGGGAAAAACUAGAUGCAGAGUUUGAUCACUAUGUUGAGGAUAUGAAGCCCUAUGUUCUAAAACUACAGCAUAGGUCAGAACGACAAAGAUGUGCGCUGUGGAUUAAAAAACUAUGUGAACCCUCAGGAGCAGGCACAGGAAUAGUGGGAAGGAAGAAUCGGAACCUAUAUGCAAAACUUUUGCUCCACAUGCUAAAGCGAAGUGUGCUGGAAGGUCCUUUUGCACAUAAACCAGAACCAGGAAUACUGAAAACUUUUCCAUCAUACAUGUCGAUUUACUUUGAGGAACCAAAAUCAACAAGUAGCCCAGACUGCUUACCUGACUGGGUAAUGGGAGAACUAGGAAACAGCGAAUCUAAGCACGAGGAGUUGUGCAAGGUGUCUUCUAAAGAGGAAUUGUCUUUAGCAACAUCUCUUACAUAUGGGGAAAGAUUCAAGUACAAUGAGAAGCCAGCGUUAAGAUCACAUUCUAUGAGUCCUCCUCACAGGACAGAUGAAGAUAACCUAGCCACACCACUGUCUGAUCAUCGUCAUAAAAAACACUUUUCUUUGGAUGACAGUGACCUUGAAGCACGUCUCAAUAGUUGGAAUCUUGGGUUAGAAAAUCCAAGAUAUUUGCGAGAAAAACCGAUGCCAAUGUCUCUGAUGACACCCAAGUUUGGCCUAGGCAGAAGUAGCACUUCUCGGGAUGAACAUUCACUAUUACGAAUGCGUGAAAAAGAGCUGGACUUGAAAAUGAAAAUAGCAGAACGUAAAUUUCAUGAAGAAAACAUUAGAUUACAGCAGAAGCAUGAUUCUGAUGUUGAAAAGAUUUUGGAUAGAAAGAAUGAUGAAAUACAGGUAUUGAAAUCCCUCUACAAAGCCAAACUAAAUGAAGCUGAGGAGACAAAUAGAAAACUGGAGAAAAAAGUUCAGACCCUUGUUCGUGAGUCACAAGUCGUCAGAGAAGCAAAAGAGAAGCAGAUUGUGGAGUUAAAGAAGAUGUGUGAGCAAAGCAAUGAUUCUUUGAACAAUGAGUGGGAGAAAAGGCUUCACAACACGGUGGCUGAGAUGGAGAAGGAGAAGUUUAACAUCCGGAAGAAGCACACAGAAGACAUGGAGAAACUGCUUGAGGACACCAAUGCUUGCCUUAGCAAGAUGAGGGAAGAUUAUUUGGAAGAGAUAAAGUCAACUAAUCAGAGAGUCAAAAACCAGGAGGCUCGUGUCCAGCAGCUGACUAUUGAAGCUGAAAAUAGUAAGUUACAGCAUCAAAAAUUAGCUCACGAAAAGACUGAAGCAGAACAACGUUACCAAGCGGUAUGCUCUGAACUGCAGGAAAUGAAAGCAAGGCACAGCUCACUUCAGAAAGACAAGGAGAAUAUUAUACAGGAAUAUGAGAAGAAUAUUCAGCAACUGCAAAGUAAAUAUGAUGUUGAUAUAAGUUCUGUAAAGCAGGAACAUGUUCUCUCUGCAGCUAAG